AAUAAUAAUAAUAAUAAUAAUAAUAAUAAUAAUAAUAAUAAUAAUAAUAAUAAUAAUAAUAAUAAUAAUAAUAAUAAUAAUAAUAAUAAUAAUAAUAAUAAUAAUAAUAAUAAUAAUAAUAAUAAUAAUAAUAAUAAUAAUAAUAAUAAUAAUAAUAAUAAUAAUAAUAAUAAUAAUAAUAAUAAUAAUAAUAAUAAUAAUAAUAAUAAUAAUAAUAAUAAUAAUAAUAAUAAUAAUAAUAAUAAUAAUAAUAAUAAUAAUAAUAAUAAUAAUAAUAAUAAUAAUAAUAAUAAUAAUAAUAAUAAUAAUAAUAAUAAUAAUAAUAAUAAUAAUAAUAAUAAUAAUAAUAAUAAUAAUAAUAAUAAUAAUAAUAAUAAUAAUAAUAAUAAUAAUAAUAAUAAUAAUAAUAAUAAUAAUAAUAAUAAUAAUAAUAAUAAUAAUAAUAAUAAUAAUAAUAAUAAUAAUAAUAAUAAUAAUAAUAAUAAUAAUAAUAAUAAUAAUAAUAAUAAUAAUAAUAAUAAUAAUAAUAAUAAUAAUAAUAAUAAUAAUAAUAAUAAUAAUAAUAAUAAUAAUAAUAAUAAUAAUAAUAAUAAUAAUAAUAAUAAUAAUAAUAAUAAUAAUAAUAAUAAUAAUAAUAAUAAUAAUAAUAAUAAUAAUAAUAAUAAUAAUAAUAAUAAUAAUAAUAAUAAUAAUAAUAAUAAUAAUAAUAAUAAUAAUAAUAAUAAUAAUAAUAAUAAUAAUAAUAAUAAUAAUAAUAAUAAUAAUAAUAAUAAUAAUAAUAAUAAUAAUAAUAAUAAUAAUAAUAAUAAUAAUAAUAAUAAUAAUAAUAAUAAUAAUAAUAAUAAUAAUAAUAAUAAUAAUAAUAAUAAUAAUAAUAAUAAUAAUAAUAAUAAUAAUAAUAAUAAUAAUAAUAAUAAUAAUAAUAAUAAUAAUAAUAAUAAUAAUAAUAAUAAUAAUAAUAAUAAUAAUAAUAAUAAUAAUAAUAAUAAUAAUAAUAAUAAUAAUAAUAAUAAUAAUAAUAAUAAUAAUAAUAAUAAUAAUAAUAAUAAUAAUAAUAAUAAUAAUAAUAAUAAUAAUAAUAAUAAUAAUAAUAAUAAUAAUAAUAAUAAUAAUAAUAAUAAUAAUAAUAAUAAUAAUAAUAAUAAUAAUAAUAAUAAUAAUAAUAAUAAUAAUAAUAAUAAUAAUAAUAAU